AUGUCUGUCCGGGGCCUUAUUGCGCUCUUGAUUCCCCGCUGGAGGGUGGCCCUGAUCCCUGCACAGCCCCAUGACAGGGCAGUGCGGCGUUCGGAUGUAGAGAGGCUUUGGGAAUUCAUGUCGGAGGUCGAGGAUUUCACCGAUGCUAGCGAUGAGGCCAUUCGAGAGGCAAGACGAAGGCUCAAAGACGAUACUGAUGACCCAACUACUCAAGCCUGUCGAUUACAAGAACUUGCAAGUCUCUUAGUCAGCCAGAGUUACCUCGUUCUGGAGAACAUCGACUGGGAGGAAAAUCCUCUCACAGUGGUCGACUUGAUCCCAAUGAACCUCCGAGAGCAAAACCCAUUUCUAGCCUACCUUAGAGCCUGCGGAACUAGCCAGAUGGAAGAAGCGAAGCAUCUCGACGAAAGCGUGCAUCUGAUCAGCGCGUGCCAGGUGGCCGGAUUUCAUCACGUGGUCGGCACGUUGUCCAAGGUAAAUGACGAGACUUGUGUGGACAUUGCGAGAAUCACGUAUGGGACAGGGGCAAGAACGAUUCGGUUAGCGAGGGGUUGCACCAGUGGGCUCCUUAUGUUCACUAUGGCUGUUGAUUAUAAAUGA